GUAACGUCGUUGCCUUCGCCCUUUAACAGGCGCCGCCUUAUAUGGCGUCUCCUCUCCUCGGUCAUCCACGUCGUCGUGCGCACCAGUUGGAUUAGACGCGGUUCAUAUCUGGCUCGCAUGGAGAAGAAGAAGACGGCGGUGGUGGUGGGUUCGCCCAGAGCGAGGUCUUGCACCCGGCCGUGGAGAUGGGCCAAGACGCUCUUCUUCCUGGCCACCAUGUUGGCCUCCCUCCUCCUCGUCUGCGCUCCGCCGCUCCUCGUCGUCCUGGUCGACCUCCUCCUCCCGCCGGCUCUGCUCUCCAACUCUUCCCUCUCCGCUUCGUCUCUCUGCGAACAGCUCGAGAGCUUCGUCUUCCGAUCCUCCUUGGUCGACGUGCCGAUCGUUUCCGCAGUCAGAUCCUUCCUCAUCCUGUGUGCUUUCCUCGUCUGCGACGGGAGCCGGGGAGUCUACCUGGGGAUCACCGUCUUCUGCAGCUCCGCGUCGAUGGCGUACGUUCUGCUCAAGGCUUUCAGCAUGUCCUCAGUGGCGGGAGCGCCGCGGCCGAUCCUCGCGAUCGCCGCCGGCGAGGACGCUGCCGUGAUCCAAGCGUUGUUCUUGGGAUCCUUAGCUCUGGCCAUCGCUCACAUGGCGGUGGCGUACCGGACCAGCUGCAGGGAGCGGCGCAAGCUGCUCGUCUACAGAAUCGAUGUCGAAGCGGUCAAGGGAAAAGGUGGGCUAAUUAAAGGAGACAUCAAACUAUGAGGAUGCUUAUGGACAUCAUAUAAUUUAGUGCAAUUUAUGAUCCAUACAUACUUCUACUGAGAAAGACAUCCCUUUCGAAGAAUAGGGUUUCUUCCAUGAUAACUCUCUGUAUACAUACAUACAUACACAUGCUUUUGUGCUUGCAUGUGUCUCAUAUGAAAGCAGCGUGUCAACCUCUGCUUUCUUCUUCUCUUAUUUUGAGCUCUCCAUGAGUAAAUGUACAUAUUCUCCCAUUUAUUCUACUCGUUUCUUAAAACAGCAUUAAGAUUUGAUCAACGAAAUAAAAUGAAAAUGAACAGAGGAGAAGCAUAUUUGCCUGGAAA